AUAUCAAAGGAGGAAGGAUUUUUUCAACUGAAACUAAAGUUGCAGAAGAUUAUCAAUAUGGAUGAAUACCUCCUAGAGCAGAAGCUAGAUCUUUUAGACAAAAGGUUGCAAGAUGCUAAGAAGAGUAGGGAGGCUGCAACCAAACUUCAGAACAAAUGGGAAAGGGAGAUUUUAACGCUGGAGAGUGCAGCUGAAGAGGAUGCCCGGCAUGCCACAAAUAUGGACAGGAUGCUACAGAGUCUACAGAAUACCUUGGAAUCAUGCAGAACACAGGCAGAGGAAGCAGAAAGUAUUGCUGCCAGAAAUCUAAAUCUUUACAGGAAUAAGCAGCAAGAGCUAGAAGAGAUGGAAGAGAAGGCUAGGUUGUACGAAGAAAAGUUGGCGCUCAUGAAGUCAUCAAGAAAAUAACUUCAAAUUAGCGCUUUAUUCAAAAUUGUAAAUACUAAUAUACAAAAAAAUAAUGUUUAAAUGAAAUAUUGAUUCAGUUAAA